AUGCCCGCAGGGAGCGCAGAGUCCGUCGCCGGAGCCGCCAAGGGGGCGAGCAGCAACCUUCUCUUUGGCUUGGACUCUCCAACAUUAUGGAUCGUCACGCUCCUCGCCGCUCUGCCCCGGUGUGCGGCAUCGCUCGUGCUGGGAAUGGCCCUCGCCCUCAGCGGGACUGCAAUCGAAGGCCGAGCCGUUGGAUCCGCGGGUGCAUGCAAUGGAGUGGCGGCGGCGGUAGCGUCCAUCGCGAAGCCAAGUUGGUUGGCUGCCAUUCCGCUGCAUGUGGGAGCCGGACUAUGCUUUGGUCUGAUGGCGCUCUCUGCAUUCUCCGAGCAAGCGGGAGAACGGCGCAUGCCGCUCGUCAAAAAGUUUGCCAGCUUGCCGCAAGCGGCGCACUUGGCGCUACCGCUGGCCCUCCGCACACUGGCCGGCCUCUCCUUCGGGUUGGCCGGAUACCUCCUCGUGGCCGUUUGCGUGCUUGCGGCGACCUGCGUGCUCCUGGUUGCGGGGCACCUCUGUGGCCGCAGCAUCGCGGAGAGUCUGGAGGGUUUGCACCAGAGCGGGGUCAAUCUGAGACCUGCGCACGGCGGCAUUGGUCUCUUGGCGGUGCUGGCGGUGCUCGAGCUGGGAUCAAUCAAGCCUUAUUGA